CUGUGUGUCUUUUCGAAGUAAAACCCGCUGAGCCAGUUUGGUGAGCUCUCCGUCUGGGAAAUGCCAGCAGAUGUAUUUUUAAAAGACGGAUAAAGAAAACAGAAGGGACUAUUACAACUCCAGGUAUCCUACAAAUACGCUUACAAUUUCACACUUGACUUGCUUUUCCUGAAGAUGACAAUCCGGAAAUUCGCCAUUGAGUAUGAUGCCUUAAAUGAUCGCAACACCUUCAGCAAUGGGGAUACUUUGACAGGCAGAGUUAUUGUGGAGGUGUCGAAGGAAACCAAAAUCAAAGCUCUCACUGUGAAGGCAAAAGGCAAGGCUGAUGUGGCAUGGACUGAGACACAAGGGGAAGAGAGUGUUACGUACUGGGAUAAAGAGAAGUAUUUCUCACAAACUCAGUCUGUCUUACCGGAGGAUCAAGCAGAUGGCUCUGUUAAUCUAGUGGCCGGUAGACAUGUCUUCCCUUUUGCCUUUCAGCUUCCCUACCAGGGGCUGCCAUCAUCUUUUAAAGGUGCUCAUGGUAAAAUCCAUUACCGACUUCUGGGAAAGUUGAGCAGGUCUUUGCGUGCUGCAAGCAAAGCAGAAGCAAAGUUCACCUUUGUUGCCAAAGCUGAUUAUGAUCAGUCAACACUGAUGGCAUCUCAACAUGGCAGUAAAGACAAGAAUGUUAUAUUUUUUGCUUCUGGAAAUAUUUCAAUGAAUAUUUUCUUGCCAAAGACAGGCUACCAGCAAGGUGAAAGGCUAGUUGUUAAUGGAGAGAUUGUCAACAGCUCAACUCGAAAAAUUGUGCCAAAGUACAUUAUCUACCAGAAGCAGAGCUUCUUUGCUGGAGGCCAUAGAGCCGUUCAUACCACAGAGAUACUGAAGGAGAAGGGAGAGCCUUUAGUGUCCUCCACUAGACAAAAUCUGACGAAAGUACUAGCCCUUCCCCUAGAAAUCAGCUCCAGCAUCCAGAACUGCAGAAUCCUCAAAGUAGAGUAUAGACUGAAGGUUCUUUUGGAUGUAUCAUUCACUAAAAACCCUGUGAUUAAACUCCCAUUGAUCGUACUGCCUCAUAGGACCUCAUCCAAAGCAUUGGAGGCAGGAUUAUACCCAGACCUGGCCAACAUGAAUAUUUUAAAUUAAUAUAAGCAAUAAGUACUACUUUAGUUUGUACAUUUGUUUUACACUUACGGAAUACUUGUAUCAGAUACUAUAAAAUCUAAUUUAUUUUCAAAAAUAUGAAAGCAUAAAAUAAAUAUGCAAAAAUGUAUUCUAUAAAUUUCUAAUAAUUUGCAUUUGUUAAAGGGAUGGUUGACUCAAAGUCAUUAAUUAUUCAUCCUCAUAUUGUUCCAAACCUGUAUGACUUUCUUUCUUCUGCGGAACACAAAAAGAAGGUUUUGAAGAAUGCUGGUAUCCAAACCAUUUCCAGACUUUCAUUCCAUGGACAAAACCAUUUCUUAAGAAGAAAGAAGUCUUGCAUGUUUGGAAUGACAUGAGGCUGAGUAAAUAAUCACACAGUUUUCAUUUUGGGUGAACUAUCCCUUUCAAAUUAAGUGAUUUUUAGCUUCUUAAAAAAAAUUAUUUAAAAUAAAAUCUCAAAUUAAAAUUCUACUGACAA